UUUAAAAGAGUUCACCCAUUUAUUUAGACACAAAAUUAAAAGUUUAAGCAACUAAAUACGUUAAUUUAAAAUAAUUUGAAUAUCUUAGGGGGACCUAUUAUUCAAGGACUAAUAGUAAUAAAAACCUGAAAACUUUGAUAAUGAGGGCUAUGUAAUGUUACAUUAAACAUUAGUUUUAAAAACAAAAACUUAUCAACAAUCAUAAACAGUCUAAUUGAGCAGGGGGGACAGCCCAGAUAUAAGAAAACCAAAAUUUUGUAAAGUUAAUUUUCUCUCUCACUUUCCAGUACUCCAUCACUGUCCUCACAACCCUCAGUUCUCACUUCUCUCUCUCUCUUUCUGGUGGCCGCUUUGAAUAAUUUCCCACACACAUUUCACACGAAAACCCCUCUUUCAGACUCUCAUGGAACUCCUGCCCUCGCCCGUGACUCCACCACCACUUCCCACCUCAUCUUCUUCCCCAUAAUCCCCAUUUCCCACAGACAAAAUCAAAACAGAGAUACCAUUCAAGAACAAACAGAGAAAUCGAAAGCUUACGUGGUUUUGGUUGUAUGUAUGAGCUUCAGCUUCUCCUUCUGUAGCUCACGGCGGCGGCCAUGCGAUCCCCUCAGUCCCUCCGCAACGGCGGCGGCUCGCCUUCGCCGCACGCUCGAAUCCCUACCCCUCACCACCACUUCCACUCCACCGUCUCCGUCCACAAGCUCAAGCGGUUCAACUCUCUCAUCCUCGUCUUCUUCUGCAUUCAAUCAACCAUCUCGAUCGCACUGGGAUUUGCCGGUUUCCUGUUCCUCGGGUUCUCGUCGCUGCUUUCGGGUUUCCGGGUCGUCUGUUUCCUAAUCAACGGCUCUCGUUUUCACUUCUAGACUGAGACCGAGACCAGCGGAAUAUUUUGGUGCGUCAUGUCGUUUCUAUUCCAUCUCCUGUCUUCUUUCUUUUUUGUGGUGUCGUGUUGUGUUCUCUCUCUGACGUCGUCAUGUCGUCUCUGCCUUUAUUUUUAACACUUCGGGUAAUUCUUUUGGAACAAUACUAACCUAUACACUUUCCAGUAUAAAUUUUUACGACUUUCUUAUUAAUGUGGCGUAAUUUUAUUGGCCCAUUCUUAAAAUUUUGAACCAAUAAAAAUAUACUACAUCAGAAAGUUUGUAUAAACUUAUAUUGGCCGGUGGGUAGGAUAGUAAUUUCCACUAUUGUGCAUAGUAUUAGUAGCUAUUCCAUAUAUGAAUUUUCUCAUUUACCACCGUUAAGAA